AUGACUACUUUCUCUCUCUAGCAAUUCCCGAAGAUAUCCGAAGUCCUAUUUUUUUAAAGUCCCGUAGCAAGAAAUUUUUCUAAGUCCUUAUAUUGAAAAUUAUAAAGGAAAAAUUUCAAAAAAUCGACAAAAAUUCGUAUAUACCAUUCGAUUCAGAAUUUCGCGAGAUGAAUUUCUGUCGUAUCAAAAAAAAUAUAUUUUUUUUUUUUAAUUGUUGAUAAAUUUCAAAAAUUUUUAAAACGGGUUUUUUUAUGAAAAAAAAAUUUUUUUUAACUGUCAUUACCCGUAAUUAUUUGGGUAAUGGUUCAAACAAAAUUAUCCAUUAGGUCAUUUUAUUUAUUUUUCUUUUUUUCUAUUUUUUAUUUAACAAAAAGUGAUUUUUACUUUUUUUAAAUUUAAAAUUCGAAAAAAUUUUUUUGGAAGUUACCAAAUUUUUUUAUGGUUGAUAUAUGAUUUACUAAGAGAAUAAUGAAAAAAAAUUGUUAAAAUAUCGAUUUGCUGCCGAGUUACACUCUUUUGUUUAUCCGCGCGCGAACGAAAUGACGCGCUUUUUCGUUUUUCGCGCUUUAAUAAUUUUUAUCUCAGCAACUAUUCGUCGUAGAGACUUCGUUCAAAAUUCAUUUUGUUCGUUAUUAAAUCCCAAAAACAAUGAUACCAGUUUGUCUUGAUAACUUCUCAAUACUUUUAGAGAUAUUUCAUUUUACAUCUAAUUUUUUUAUAAAAAAAAAAAGAUCACCCUCCAAAUUUAUGGUAACUUUUUUCCUUAUAUUUUUUCUAGUAUUUUGAAAAAAAAAUUUUUCAAAAUCGAUCUUUACCCACCGAAAAAAUGAUCUUUGACCAUUUUUUCGUGCGCAUCGACUGGACUAGAAGACAAUCGAUAUGAUCGUAGUGCUAUGGAGGUUUAUGGUCCAGAUGUAGAAACUCUGGUCCAAGAAGAAGAUGCUCAGCCACUUGAUAAGCCGCUGAUAGCACCUACUCGCAAAGCAAAGUUUCCAAUACUUCCUGAUACUACUUAUAACAUUGAGUUCUUAGUCGACAUGAUGGAUACUCCAGCUUUGAUUCGAAACAUCGUGCUCCUAGGCCACCUGCAUCAUGGAAAAACUACAUUAGUAGACUGCCUUGUGCGCCAUACUCACCCCCACAUGCACAGCGUCACAGAUGAAAAGCCUUUGCGGUACACGGACACACUUCCCAACGAGCAACAGCGCGGAGUUUCCACGAAAGCUACUCCCGUUACUCUUUUACUCCAAGAUGUCAAGUCUAAGUCGUAUCUGAUGAACAUUUUCGACACUCCAGGACACGUCAACUUCUCGGAUGAAGCAACAGCUGCAAUCCGUCUUUCAGACGGAGCUGUGUUAGUAGUAGACGCCGCGGAAGGCGUGAUGAUGAACACUAAAAGAUUAUUAAAACACGCAAUUCAAGAACGACUCGCUCUGACUGUUUGCAUCAAUAAAAUAGACAGACUAAUUUUAGAGUGGAAGUUCCCGCCUCUAAAUGUGUAUGAAAAACUUCGUCACAUCAUUGAAGAAAUAAAUAGUCUGAUUACUUUGUAUUCAGACUCUAAGAAUCCGACGUUCGUAUCACCAGCUCUCGGUAACGUUUGCUUUGCAAGUUCGGAGUACAAUGUCUGCUUUACUUUAAAAUCAUUUGCCGCGAUAUACCAACGCAAACACGAGUCACUAAAUUUUGAAGAAUUUGCGAAACGUCUAUGGGGUGACGUUUAUUUUAAUUCAAAGACCCGUAAAUUUACCAAGAAGCCGCCGCACAAUACAGCGCAGCGUAGUUUUAUUGAGUUUAUUCUCGAGCCGCUUUACAAAAUAUUUACUCAGGUUGUUGGUAACGUCGACACAACGCUGCCUGGUGUUCUUGAUGAACUAGGAAUCCGACUGACUUCUAAGGAAAUGAAGAUGAAUACACGUCCGCUAUUACGACUCAUCUGCACGAGAUUCUUUGGAGAUUUAUCGGGAUUUGUUGAUAUGUGCGUAACACAUGUGCCAAGUCCUCAAGAACACGCUUCCGCUAAGAUCCAGCAUAUUUACACAGGGUCAAUAAACUCACCUUUAGCUCAGGAUAUGGUGAGGUGCAAUCCAGACGGACGGCUGAUGAUACACAGCACCAAGAUGUAUCUUAACGAAUACACACGUUUCAAUGUCCUGGGACGCGUAAUGUCUGGUACUUUGGAGGCUGGACAAAAAGUACGGGUACUUGGUGAAGCCUAUUCCCGUACUGAUGAAGAAGAUUCGCGUGUAGUGACUGUCGGACGGCUGUGGAUCAGCGAAGCGCGUUAUCAGAUUGAAAUAAAUCGGGUACCUGCUGGUAAUUGGGUUUUAAUUGAAGGUAUUGACAGAUCUAUCGUUAAAACAAGUACGAUAACGGAUCUCAUUAAUUCUGAUGAUCUUCAUAUAUUUCGUCCGCUUAAAUUUAAUACGCAGAGUGUUAUUAAAAUAGCGGUGGAGCCGACAAAUCCAUCAGAGUUGCCCGGGAUGCUGGAUGGGUUGAGGAAAGUUAAUAAGAGCUAUCCGCUUCUGAGUACGCGGGUUGAAGAAAGCGGCGAGCAUGUUGUUCUUGGCACUGGCGAACUGUACUUGGAAUGCGCUUUGUGUGAUUUGUCAUUGAUGUACUCAGAAACAAUAAAAACCAAAGUCUCACAUCCUUUUGUGUCCUUUGCUGAAACUGUUAAAAGAAAAAGCUCGUUAAAAUGUUUCGCUGAGACGCCCAACAAACGCAACAAACUGACGAUGAUUGCUGAGCCUUUAGAGGACGGGUUAGCUGAAGAUAUCGAGGCUGAACAUGUUAAAAUUACGUGGAAUAACAUUAUAAUAAAUUACAGGGAACGGCUGGGAGAAUUUUUCCACACUAAGUAUAAUUGGGACUUGUUGCCAGCCCGUGAAAUAUGGGCGUUUGGGCCAGAUGCAACCGGUCCGAAUAUAUUAGUAGACGAUACUCUGCGAUCCCAAGUCGACAAGACGUUACUGAGUAGUGCACGUGACGCAAUUGUCCAAGGAUUUCAAUGGGGAACACGCGAAGGACCUCUUUGUGGAGAGCCAAUCAGAAACGUCAAAUUCCAAAUACUCGACGCAGUAAUUGCACAAGAGCCAUUGCAUCGCGGUGGUGGACAAAUAAUCCCAACAGUUCGACGAGUCGCUUACUCAGCGUUUGUUAUGGCAAAUCCGCAUCUAAUGGAACCUCAUUUAUCAGUCGAAGUACAUGUACCCAAAGACUGUGUCUCUGCAGUCUAUACUGUCUUGGCUAAGCGUCGAGGCGACUCAGUUAGUACUAAGGCAGUUCCCGGCAGUCCUCUUUACACCAUAAAAGCCUAUAUACCCGCAAUCGACAGUUUCGGGUUCGAAACCGACUUGAGAACUCGCACCCAGAAUAAAGCAUUGUGCUCGUCAGUAUUUAGUCACUGGCUGAUCGUUCCAGGUGACGCACUGGACAAAAGCAUAACCAUCCGACCUCUGGAGCCUCAACCAGUGACUCAUUUAGCGAGGGAGUUUAUGCUGAAGACACGUCGGCGUAAAGGAUUAUCCGAAGACGUCUCGAUAAAUGAAUUCUUCGAUGAUCCCACGAUCCUCGAGUUGGCGAGAAAAAUGGAAUUUCUAAAUUAUCCGCUAUAAAUUUAAUUAUUAUUUUAUAAAUGUAAAGAUAAAUUAAUUUUGUAAGGUAAACUUUAAUUAAAUUUUAUUAUUAAAUUUUUUCUUUUACUAUUUACUGAUAUGUUAAGUUAUGAAUUUAUUUUUAUUUUUAUUGGGCAAAAUUUUUAGCUCAAUUUUAAAAGGUGUC